GUGAUCGGGCUGGGACGCGGCGCGAUGGGGACCGCUCUGGACAUCAAGAUCAAACGGGCCAACAAGGUCUAUCUCUGCGGGGAAGUUCUUUCUGGAGUGGUGGUCAUAACGAGUAAGGAUGCAGUCCAACACCAGGGUGUCUCCUUAACGAUGGAAGGAUCAGUAAAUCUGCAGCUCAGUGCCAAAAGCGUUGGUGUGUUUGAAGCUUUCUAUAACUCUGUUAAGCCUAUUCAAGUUAUCAACAGUACCAUAGAAAUGGUAAAACCAGGAAAACUUCCCAGUGGCAAAACAGAAAUUCCUUUUGAGUUUCCAUUGCAUAUGAAGGGCAACAAAGUUCUAUACGAGACAUAUCAUGGUGUGUUUGUCAAUAUUCAGUAUACCCUUCGGUGUGAUAUGCGACGUUCUCUACUGGCCAAGGACCUGACUAAGACUUGUGAAUUCAUUGUCCACUCACCACCUCAGAAAGGGAAGUUGAUGCCAAGCCCAGUGGACUUCACAAUUACACCUGAAACCUUACAGAAUGUUAAAGAGAGAGCCUCGCUCCCAAAAUUUUUCAUCAAAGGUCAUCUCAACUCGACUAACUGCAUCAUUACACAACCACUAACAGGGGAGUUGAUGGUGGAGAAUGCAGAAGCUGCAGUCAAAAGUAUUGAGCUGCAGUUAGUACGUGUGGAAACUUGUGGUUGUGCUGAAGGUUAUGCUAGAGAUGCUACAGAGAUUCAGAAUAUUCAGAUUGCUGAUGGGGAUGUCUGCAGAAGCUUGUCUAUUCCAAUAUACAUGAUAUUUCCCAGGCUGUUCACCUGCCCUACACUGGAAACUACAAAUUUCAAAGUUGAGUUUGAAGUUAACAUUGUUGUCCUCCUGCAUGAUGAUCACCUCAUCACAGAAAAUUUCCCACUGAAGCUCUGCAGGGUGUGAAUAUCCAGGAGAA